AGGUGGUAUUUCCUUCCUUGUUCCCCCAUCAGGACGUGCCUGUUUGGACUUACCCAUUUACCGCAAUAAGGUGGGCUUGCCCAGAGUUUGAAUUGACACACGAGUCUCAUCUCGAAAGUAGUUUCGCGAGAGCCUGAAGGCGAUAUAGCCGUAUUUGGAGCCAAUUUUUCUGUUUUAUUUAAGAAGAAAGGAUGUUUCGAAACUUUGGGAGCCACGGACGAGACAACCCGGCGUACACAGGAGGAGCGCCUGGGUCAAACACGGUAUCUCUGGGAAGCACCAGCACUUCCACGACACAACAGGAGCAGAAAUUUACCAUGGCUGGCAGUCAAUUUGUACCAAGCCUCAAUGCCAUCACAACCAACCAAGACCUCCAAUGGCUGGUCCAGCCCUCCCUCAUGCAUCCACCAGGUCCCUCACAAUCUCCAGUACCUCCUUACCCUUCCCUGUCAGUAGCACGGCCACUGGGUCCACCACCUUCCCAAGCCCACUUUCUCAGACCAGGGGUCAUAAGAGCAGCUGCAAACACUACGACUUCAACAAAGCGCAGGAGCGAUGAUCAUUUGUCUCGUGAAGAGGCGGAGAGACGAAGAAUAAGAAGGGAGCGGAAUAAACUGGCGGCAGCAAAAUGUCGCAAUCGCCGCCGGGAGCUGACCGAGACACUUCAAAGUGAGACUGACCAGCUGGAGGACGAAAAGUCCACUUUACAGAAGGAAAUUGCUAAUUUACAGAAAGAGAAAGAAAAGCUUGAGCUGGUCCUGGAGGCUCACCGUCCCAUCUGUAAAAGAGAGGACUCUGAUUCCGAUUCUGACCCAAACCCAGCACUGUCCACUUUAGGGGGCAUCAAAAUGGAGCCGCGGGACUCCAGCAGGCCUGGACCUUCAAGAACACUGCCAACAAAGAUGGAGAAGCCGAAACCAAAAAUCACUAUCCCUACCAAGCCUGUGACAACAUCUGCGUCUGCUGUUGUCUUUGAGGCAGAGUCGCUCCACACCCCAAUUCUCAUAUCCACUCCCUCACUCACUCCCUUCACCGCUGGUAUGAUUUUCACCUACCCCUCUGCCUCUUCAGACACCAGCGCCUCCACCACAUCCCACGCUACAUCACAUCAGGGAAAUGUCCACCAUUCUCAAGCCCCACAGCCGUGUGGGGUGGCUCAUCGCCGCAGCAGCAGCAGUGGCGACCAAUCAGACCACUCCCUGCACUCUCCGACCAUCCUCACACUGUGAUUGACGGCCCUGUCAUCCUGAAAACACUAAUGUUCAGUGUGGACACAGUCUAAGUCAUAGUGUGUGAGUGUGUAACAGAAACACUCUCUGGGAGAUGUGACAGAAAUGAAAAUGAUUGUGAUUAACAUUUAAAUACAAGCUAUGAACAUCUGCUUCAUUUAAUCUUUUUAGAAAGUUGGUUCUGCACUUGGAUAAAAUACAGAUUAGCAACAUUAUCAGGAUAUGAUUAUUACACUCUUUAGAUUUUUAAUAUUUUAAAUAUAGUCUUUAUAUUUCAUAUUUUAAUAGCUAUACGGUGGCAUUAGGAAUUAGUUUGAAAGAAUUGCAUGCAGAAUAUAUUAUAUGAAUAAUUAUAAAAGCUAUCUGGGAAUAAAUAUAUAUAAUAAUAUAUUGAUAAUAAUGAGUAUAUAUGAUAUUGCAUUUCGUGACAUGUUACACUUUAUAAAUGUCCUCACCAAGGACAAUAGAGUAUUUACGAAUAAAAAGGUCCUUAUUUUUAUAUGUUUAUUUCAAAAAUGUAUAAUGUCUAUGCAAAUUAUUGACCACUAAGGCUGGACCGUAGGAGUUGAUACAGAUUGUAUUGUCACAUAUUUAUUUUGUAAGAGUGUGUUAUAUUUUUUGAUAAUGUUUUUAUUUUCUCUGACAAAUGAACUGUUUUGGUGGGCAGUGCCUUACUUUUGUCUUGAGUCAAAACUGUAACUGUUUCAGAGACAAUAAAGAACAGAUUGAUAACAGUGUGAAAA